AUGGCUUCCCUCAGAGUUUCCUCGCGCUUUGCUCGUACAGCUUUCAAUGCAGCAAGGUCAAAUUUUGUUCGCACUUUCUCAAUUUCUGCACGCCAGCAGAAUGCCUCAAAGUCGGAUCUUGACCAAUUAAAGCACCCUCCUCAGGAACCUCCUUCGGACGAGGCUGCCAGGUUGAAGGACAACUCCAAGCCCGCCACAUACCUCGGUACGACCAAGCGUCUGCCAGAGUUCGCGCUCAACGACAAGGUAGUGCUGGUCACUGGCGCCGCACGUGGUCUGGGUUUGGUCCAGGCUGAGGCGUUGCUUGAGGCCGGCGCAACUGUAUAUGCUUUGGACCGUCUACCCGAGCCCAGCGAAGACUUCUACCGCAUCCAGAGACGUGCAGCUGAGGAGCUGGGUACCACUUUCCACUACCGCCAGAUUGACGUCCGCGACGUACCACAAUUGAAUGAGAUCAUCGAAGAGAUUUCCAACAAGGAAGGUCGUAUGGACGGGUUGAUCGCCGCGGCAGGUAUUCAACAAGAGACGAAAGCGCUCGAGUACUCGGCCGAGGAUUCAAACAGAAUGUUCGAGGUGAAUGUGACUGGUGUCUUCAUGACAGCACAGGCAGUGGCCAAGCAGAUGAUCAAGCAUGGAAACGGAGGUUCCAUGGCCUUCAUUGCAUCCAUGAGCGGCACAGUUGCCAACAGAGGAUUGAUCUGUGCGGCAUACAACUCGAGCAAGGCAGCCGUCAUGCAGCUGUCAAGAAACCUGGCCAGCGAGUGGGGCGAGCACGGCAUUCGUGUAAACACCAUCUCGCCCGGCUACAUCGUGACAGCCAUGGUGGAGGACCUUUUCAUCAAGUACCCAGAAAGACGCCGCGAGUGGCCAACACAGAACAUGCUAGGCAAGCUGAGCAAGCCUGAGGAAUACCGUGGAGCAGCCGUGUUCCUGAUCAGCGACGCCAGCUCUUUCAUGACGGGUAGCGACAUGCGCAUUGAUGGUGGACAUUGUGCUUGGUGA